AUGUAUUUCUAUCUAUCUAUCUAUCUAUCUAUCUAUCCGUUCAUAUCUAUCUGUUUACAGGUUGCUAACCAUACUCUGAAUGUAACAGUUCUUGGCGUAAAUGACAUGUCACCAACCUUUAACAACUCAAUAUACCAAUUUUAUAUGAAGGAAGAUAGGCCUAAUGGAACUUUAUUGGGAAAAGUUAUAGCUACUGAUAAGGAUAAGAAUCCAAGUGAAUCAAUAAAAUAUAGCAUUCUGGGAAGCAGGGAUUUUAAUAUCGAUGCUUCCAGUGGUGUCAUCAGAACAGCACGAACAUUUAAAAUUUCGGAACCGACCAGUUUUACAUUUGUUACGGUCACUGUGAUUGUGGAAGCAUUUAACCAAGUUAAUCCAAAAGAGUGGAAUUCAAUAAACAUCACCAUAACCUUUAAGGACAUCAACAAUAAUGUGCCUCGUUUUCAAAAGUCUCAGUAUAAAACACAUAUUUUUGAGAAUUCAACUGUUGGGUCGACGAUUUUAAAGUAA